AUGACUGGUUUUGACACUGCUUGGAUUCCAUUUGCAGUCCUAUAUCUUCUUUACCAAAUUCCACCCACGAUGAUGGAAGUGUAUUCCUACUACAGUCGUGGUGGACUGGUGGGAAUUGAGGACAUAAAAUAUGAUGAUACUUUUACAUCUCAUUUUCAAUGGAAUAUAGAUAAAGAUAUCUAUUUUAAAAGGUUCUGUGAUAGACCAACUAGUGAAGCCGGAAAAGCUUUCUUUUCUUGGCUUGAUUGGAGUAGCGAAUCAUACGAUCGUUCUAUUUACGUAUUGCGAAGAAACCACGCCCGACGUGAUGGUGAAGUGUCGUUUCUUAAACGAUAUGUAUACGGUCCAUUUGUGUUUAACUGGCCAAAGAAGCAGUGGCUACGCGGUGAUGAUAGUUGUGGUAUGCGCAUGCCAGCGUGGGGCGUGGGCGGAGAAGAACGUGCACGCGAAGAGUUUGCGGCAGCGAAAGAAAAGGGGUUUGAUAAGAAUUGGCACUACCAAAUUAUGCGUAAAAUUCGCCGUGAACAGGCAAUGAAGGCAGCGGAACAAUCAAAUGUAUGA